GCUAUGGUGUUGCCGCCAUUAGCGAAAUGGCCAUACGAGAAUGGCUUUACAUUUACAACGUGGUUUCGUUUGGAUCCUAUUAAUUCGGUGAAUAUCGAGCGCGAGAAGCCCUACCUCUACUGUUUUAAAACAUCGAAAGGCGUCGGCUAUACAGCUCAUUUUGUUGGCAAUUGUCUGGUGCUUACAUCGAUGAAAGUCAAAGGCAAAGGUUUCCAGCAUUGUGUGAAAUAUGAAUUUCAACCGAGAAAG